AUGUGCGACCUGUUGACCGCUAAGCAGUCGCCGGAGUUCAAGCCUGUGCUGCCGCCACCGACCACUGUGCAGUUGGCCGACGCGGUGCCGGCACCGGCUGUGAACACCGCACUUCCAGAGGCGGUCGCAAAGGGGAACGUUCGCUUCAACGCAGCGCUCACCCAGACCAUCAAGAAGUGCAUGCAGCAAUAUGAGGAGAUGCUGAACAUCGAAGAUCUCGGCAAAGCCUACGGGGAAUUCGACAAAUGUGUUCAGGCUGGCGAGGGCCUAUGUGAUCCGCUCACCCUGACUCAGCUGCUAGUGGCUUUGACCAGGGCCAACAGAUUGGCCAACUGCCACAAAGUUCUAGACGCCGCCGUUGCGGAGAAGGUGUACUUGGACCCCAACAUGAUCGUCACGAUUGCCAUGGCCGUGAGCCAGAGAAGCCAAAGCCACAAGGCGCUUCGCUAUCUUCGGCGCAUGGUCUACGAAUGCCUUCCAGAGGAGCAGUAUCCACAUGAGACGGUUCAGCUCUUCGACCGACAUCUCUCCUUCAUUUUCUCCGAGCUGAUGGCCGAGGCCGAUGGAUGUUUCUGUCGAAUGGAGAACCGUGAUUCAAACACACUGGUAAACCUCGGUCACACCGAGCUCGACAUCCAGAUGGACUGGCAACAGUCGCACUCACAGACCUUCUCACUCUUCAACCGCAAAGAUGACAAAGGCAAGAAGGUCUACAUGCCCACAGUAAUUCAGAGUGGCUUCCAGCGGACAGACGUGGCUCUCAUGAGCAUCGACAUCUCCCACCCGGACAUGGCCCGAAAAGUGCCCAACGACUAUGACCGCAUCCGGGACGGCGCCGAGGUGGAGGUCAUCAACUCGGCGACCCAGCCGGACAAGACGGCGCCGUUGGGCGUGAAGCUGACCUCACCUCCGAAGGUGAAUUUUGAGGAAGGCCUGAUCUAUCGCCUGGAUCGACUGGCGAGCACGGAUCAGACCAGACGCAUGCUUGAGGCGUUGAAGGUGAUUUUGAAGAAUCCAGCAGUGGAUCCCUCUCCUAUGAUUCCACAUGAAGUCUUGCGGAAGCUGAUCACCAAUCCAGUGGAAAAGACCCUCAAACAGGCGAAUUUGUCGCACUUGCCACUGGAACCAGUGGACUACAGCAAUAGCAAGAUCAAGAUGGAUGGCCUCCAAGCCUUCCAGAACGAGGCAAAGCACGUCUAUGCGCACCUUCUGAACAAGAGUCAGAUUGAAGCGUUGGAAUUGUCCUCCACGCGUCGCUUGACGCUGAUCCAGGGGCCUCCCGGCACCGGUAAGACCACGACCGCAGUCCAGAUCGUCGCGGCAAUGGUCCGGUAUGGCCUUGUGGAUUUGCCAAUCCUUGUCACGGCGGACAGUAACACAGCGGUCGACAAUCUGGUAAAGGGCAUCGGCAAGACCGGGGUGAACAUCGUGCGCGUGGGUCGGCCGGAGGCCAUCCGUGAAGAUGUGAAGGCCUAUGCUUUGGAUGGGCGCUGGAAGGACCUCAAGAAGGCAGAGGUGGUGUGCGCCACGUGCAUCGGUGCGUCCGGCACGACCCUGGACAAGGUGAAAUUUCCCACGGUCAUCGUGGAUGAGUGCACGCAAGCAGCAGAAACUGCAGCUUUGGUUCCCAUUGCCAGAGGUUGUCAGCAAGCGAUUCUGAUUGGCGACCAGUGUCAGUUGCCACCCACUGUCCUGUCGGACGUGGCAGAGACCGAGAACCUUGGAGAGUCUCUCUUCACGCGGCUAGUGACACAGGGUGUCAGGCCUUGCCUUUUGGACACCCAGUACCGUAUGCAUCCCCUGGUGGCAGAAUUCGCCUCGGCGGCCUUCUACAACGGCCGGCUGCAGAACGGUGUGUCUCACAUCCACCGAAAGCCGCCCGAGGGCUUCCCUUGGCCCCAGAGGCACAUGCCUGUGGCCUUCAUCAACCUGGAGAAGUGUGAGGAGAAGCGCGAGGGCCACGGCUCUUCGUACAUCAACCCGGCAGAGGCAGAGAAGACGAUGUGGGCUCUGCUGGAGGUCACGAAGAACGGUAAGAUCGGCCCGGAGGAUGUGGGCAUAGUGACGCCUUACAAGGGCCAGGUGAGACUCUUGAAGAAGCUGAUCAACGAACGGCCCGGCCUGCAGAAGUUCCGAUCUGGCCUGGAGGUGGAGUCCGUUGACAGAUUCCAGGGCCAGGAGAAGGAGGUCAUCAUUUUUUGCGCGGUGAGAAACAACCGCGAGGGCAAGGUGGGCUUCCUUUGUGACUGGCGCCGCCUCAACGUCAUGCUCACGCGAGCGCGGAUCGGCCUCAUCGUCAUUGGCAGCCGAAGUACCUUGAUGUCGGACCCCCUGUGGCACGAGUGGCUCAUUUGGGCCGCCGCCCGGGGCGCGAUCUGCGGUGAGAGCGCCAAAGGAUCCUGGGUGCCAAGGUAUUUGGUGGAUGACCGUGAUGGAAUUUGGACUGUGAAGCAAGGCAUUAUCGAGGAAGUUCAGAAGGGCAUCAACCCAAAGGCAGGCGCCCAAGAGGUUGUGAAGGUGGAACAGAAGGAGGAGGACAUCCUUGACAGUUGGGAGGACAUGGAGAGUCCCAUCAUGACGCCGGCCAACGGCCUGACGGGAUCACUAGAAAAGGCCCUCGAAGAGGACCCGGCAGAGCUUCCGGAGACUGAGGCGGAGGAGAAACAGGCUGUUUGCUCGACCAAACUGCGGAAGACGCCGCUGGAUUCUGUGUUUACCAAGCCUAAGUGGCUUGGCACUGGGCAAGCAGACCGGCGGGAGGUGCCCUUGACCCCAGCGCAGCGCGCGGUGGUGGAUUUGGUGCUGUCCGGCGACCCGCAUGGCCGAAACCUCUUUCUCACUGGCCCGAGGCUUAGAUGGAAGGUGUGGUACUCGAGGUGCCGCUGGCUCUGGGCCGGCCCGGCGUGCCUUUUCGGUGAGUUUGUUGGCAGGCGCGUUCAGAAGAUCUUGGCCUCUACCAAGAGUUUGUCGGAUUGGGUCGCUACUACCUGCCACCAGGGAGUGGAGGCCUCGCGGAUCACCGCGGCGGCGCUGGUCGAGGCGGACGAGGCGCGGCGGCGCUUGGAGUUGGAGGUGAGGCGCCUCGCGGAGCAGCAGGAGCUGCUGCUGGAAAGCGAGGCCCGGCACCAGCAACGAUUGCGGGAGCUCAAGGCCCGCGUGGAGAAGGCAGAGCGGCAAGCAGCAGAGGAGUCCCUGACGUGUUCGCGGGACCUGCAGAGUUUGCAGAUGGGCCUCCAGCGCUGCGAGUCGCAGUGGGAAGAGGCCCACCUGAAGUUCGACAAGUUGGGCCUCGAGGUCGCCUCCACGAGCUCCGCGGGGAGCAUUUGGGAGGGCCAGGCGCGCAGCGCACAGACGGCGCUGCAGGGCCGCGUGGAAUCCUUGGCCCUCGCACUGGAGGAGCUCCAGAGCGACAGGUCCCUGGAGCGUCGUGUGCAGCUCCUCGAAUCUGAGAUGGCCCGGAGGGAGACAUCUUGGAACCUCGCGCUGGAGAACAAGGCGGCAAAAGUAGAGAAGGACUCGCGGGACUUCGAUGCACUGGAGCGCCGCACAAGCAGCGCACUAGCGGAGAGGGCCGAAGAAGCUCAUGUCGUUCAGGCUGAGGUGCAAUCCUUGCGGAGGUCUCUGGGAAGAUUCGAGGAUGAGCUGGAGAGUUUGAGGAAACUCCGACAGGGGGAGCAGUCCUUUUGUCAAAGCCUGACGCUGGAGCAGGAGCGGUUGCGCCAAGCCAUGUCUGAGAAGCUGAGAAGCCUGGAGAUGGGACUGCAGGAGUCCGCUCAACAAAACCUCGCGGAGAGGCUGGAAUUCGUGGAGGAAAAGGUUAGAAGGGGUGUGACCUCUGCGGAGAUGGAGACUUUCCUGCGGUCUGUGAAAAGCGACACGGCCGGGUACAUCCACGAGGCCCGCGGCUUGAUCCGAGAAGCCGCCAAAGAGGUGAAGCAGGAUCUCCAGAGCGACUUCCUGCGCUGGGUGGAGUCCUGGGACGGCGGCUUCAAGCGGGAGCUCCCGAACAUCGAGAAGGAGCUCAUGGGAAGCCUCAGCACCUCGCUCCGAAAGGGCUUCCCGAGCUCAGUAGACUUCCAUUUCCGCUGGGGACGCGCUCAGCUCAGGAAGUCGGUGGUGCUGCGGGCGGUGAACCGAAGCGCCAAGCGCCAAGUCGCACUCACGGCGCCCACCGGGGCAGCCGCGGUUCUUAUCGGCGGCGAGACGACCCACUCCUGGGCUGGGAUUGGGCAGGCGCGGCGGAGAGGCCUGUUUCGGGGCCCCGAAAUCCUCAAGGACGCUGGGGCCUGCCAAAGAUGGAACUCCGCCAAGAUGUUGGUCAUCGACGAGGUGUCCAUGAUCUCCGCCUGGCUGCUGGACCUUCUGGACGCCUGCGGCCGCAGCGCGCGGGGCUGUUUCUCGCUUCCCUUCGGUGGCCUGCAAGUCUUGCUUUGUGGGGACUUUCAUCAGCUCCCUCCCCCCGACAACCACAGCGGUUGGGCCUUUGAGGCAAAGGUCUGGAAGGAGGCCAUCGGCCUGUCGUUGGAGCUCACAGAGGUGCUGCGCACCGAUCCAGCAGAACGACAGCUUUGUGAAGCUUUAGACCAGGCGCGGCUUCUUGGACACUUUUUUGCGGUGGGGAUACGGAUACGGAUGGUCGGGAGAGUCUCCAGGCCGACGGAUCGCUGCCCGGCCGCGGUGGUACCCACCAACCGCCAGGCAGGCACCCUUCCUCGACCAGCGGACUAG